GGCGCGGCCAGGGCGGAGUCGGAGGACCGCGGCCCGCAAGAGUUAGCCUAGAGAGGCUCUAGCCAUAGAGCGCCAGCCUGGAGCGGGCCUGCCGCCGCGCGCGAGGCGCAUGCGUCCGGUUUCGCUUCGUGCUGCGGCGUGGGGAGCGCUCGGAGGGACGGCGGAGCUGUACGGGCAGGGGCCGGCACCAUGGCUCCCGUGCUGAACCUCAACAACGAGGUUGUGAAGAUGAGAAAAGACGUGAAGAAGGCCAGAGUCCUGACUAUCCGCAGACUAACCAGACACAUUGCGAAACUAAAGUUGAAAAAGGGUUCAGAAGACUUGAAAUUAAAGAACCAAAAACGAGUUGAGAGAUUAAUAGAAGAAAUCCAUGCCAUGAAGGAUAUAAAGCCAGAUGAAGUUACCAGACUUGCUCUUAGGACAGAAGUUAAUUUUGAAAGUGUGUGCAGAAAGCCAAAUUGUACUGCCACUGAGAGAGCCAUUGCACGACUUGCAACACACCCCAUCUUGAAGCCCAGAUUUGUUGAACUUAAAGCUGCUGUAAAAGCUUUUAAGGAUGCAAGAAAGAACCCAGCCACAACCAUACCUGCAGAAGAACAGCCUAAGUCAGCACAACAUUUCAAUAGUAGUUUGGGUGACCAAGGUCUUAAACAAGCUUGUAGACAGCAAGGAUAUGAACACAAAACAAAAAAGAGUGUGAAAAUAGAAACUGACAGGGUGGGUAAAGACCCCUGUGAGAGUGAAUCUGAGCAGGAAACUGUGGAAAUGGAAAGAGCAUAUGCUCCAGAAGAAUCUUCAUUUCAGGCAGGAGAAGUGCAAGCAGUCAGUCAGAAUAAAACAGGAAAGAAACUUGGCUAUCAGAAAAGGAAAGAAAAUAUGAGCAUGAACAAAUUAAAUGCAAUAAAAGAAAUAAUUAAUGAUGAUAGUGACCAAGAGCAACCUAAUGAAGAGGAGUACUUUGAUGAUAGUACUGAAGAGAGAUUUUAUAACCAGUCAUCAGAUUCUGACAGUGACAGCAAUGAUGAUUUCUUCAUUGGCAAAGUAAAAAGAAAGAACAAGAUAGCAGCAGUUGAUGAUCUUUCUUCAGCAAAUGAAAAGGGUAAGCUUCAGAAAAAUGUAGUGAAGAAUGAAAAGAACACAGCACCCGGGACAGCACAAAAUGUGACCCUGGAAGAAGGAAAGCCACAUGCAAAAACAAGCAGGCUAGAAUCAAUGUUCUGCAGUUCGUUGUCUACCUCUAAUGAGAAGUCUCAAAACAGAAGAAGAAAUACAAAAGACCAGCCUCUCAAAAAUGGAAGAACAGCUCUUCUUAAAAAGGAACCACAGCUCAAGAAGCAACCAUUUGCAAAAGCUGCAGGUAUUAAAUGCGACAAUAAGAAAGCAAGUUUGGAGCAGCCUCUUCAUCCUUCAUGGGAAGCAAGCAGGAGACGGCGGGAACAAAUGUCUCAAAUUACAGCAUUCCAAGGCAAAAAGAUUAAAUUUGAUGACUAGACUAUAUGUAAAUCGAGAUUAAAAAAAAAUACUCGUUGGGGAUUUGCAUCUCACGGUGUUACAACUACUGUUUGAACAUUUUUGUUAUACUGUCCUUAUCCUUUGCAACCUGUAAAAUAGCAACUGCUAGAAUUUACUGUAAUACCAUUAUGAAGAUUACUUCGUUUAUUCAAUAUGCUGUCUGCUGAUGAAUGUGGUCAUAUGGUCUUCGUUCAUAGGUCCCAUUAUAUAGUGCCACUAAUUAUGAAAUACCCCUUAACGUGAAUUAAUGGAUUUUAGGAACAUCAUUAGUGCCCUGUAGAAAUAGUACAGAUUCUUUGGAGCUUUUUUUUUGUGUAAAAAUGUACUUUAAACUACACAAGGACUUGGCUGUCAAGAGAGAGAGGAGAAUACAAAAUACUGAGGUGAUAAUCUGUAUUACCAAACACAUCUUAACUGAGAAAAACUAAGAGAUUCUUAAACUUGAAUAGACUUUAAAAAUUCCUGAAUGUAUCAGGCAGCUGGUAAAGCUGAUCAGUAGCAUGCAUGAUGAUAUGAAAGUUUCUGGAGAGCAAUAAAAUAUUAGCGUGUUAAAUUGUCAUCUCUGUCCUUUGAUUAUACUGCAGAUUUGAAGAACUGAGUGUCUUUAUUACUGUUGUCCUGGAGGAUAUUUCUGGGUACUCCAACAUGUCUGUCUUGCACUUUUUGAAAGAAUGAUGAAAAACUGAAAGGUCUUUGUACGCUAAGAAAUAUUUGACUUUUAAGUGCCAUUCUGAGUUUGGGAGUUGGUUUGAUUGGUUAAAUUUUUGUUGUAACUUUCUUCAAGGGCUUUUCCUACUGCUUAAUUGAAAAAAAAUUCUGAACUUGUAAUUCAUCUUUAAUAGUGUUGUUUAUUUAAAUAUAGUUAACUUUCAUAAUUAAAUAAAUUUGGAAACUUGGUAAAUUACUGCAGUGGGCAUAAUAUAAUACAAAGCACAAUUCAUGUGGUGCUGCCAUGGCUAUGUUGCCACCCAGCGGGACCUGGACAGGCUGGAGAGUUGGACGGGGAAUAACCUGAUGAAGUUUAACAAGGUUCCGGUAUAGGUUGGGAAAUUACAUAUUAGAGAGCAGUGUAGAGGAAAGGGACCUGGGGGUCCUGGUGGACAACAGGAUGACCAUGAGCCAGCACUGUGCCCUUGUGGCCAGGAAGGCCAAUGGCAUCCUGGGGUGUAUUACAAGGGAGGUGGUUAGUAGAUCAAGAGAGGUUCUCCUACCCCUCUACUCUGCCCUGGUGAGACCACAUCUGGAAUAUUGUGUCCAGUUCUGGGCCCCUCAGUUCAAGAAGGACAGGGAACUGCUGGAGAGGGUCCAGCGUAGGGCAACAAAGAUGAUGAAGGGAGUGGAGCACCUCCCUUAUGAAGAAAGGCUGAGGGAGCUGGGUCUCUUUAGUUUAGAGAAGAGGAGACUGAAGGGUGACCUUAUUAAUGUUUAUAAAUAUAUAAAGGGUGAGCACCAUGAGGACGGAGCCAGGCUCUUCUCAGUGGCAAACAAUGAUAGGACAAGGGGUAAUGGGAUCAAGCUGGAACACAGGAGGUUCCACUUAAAUUUGAGAAAAAGCUUCUUCUCAGUAAGGGUGACAGAGCACUGGAACAGGCUGCCCAGGGAUGUUGUGGAGUCUCCUUCUCUGGAGACAUUCAAAACCCACCUGGAAAUGUUCCUGUGUAACCUCACCUAGGCAUUCCUGCUCCAGCAGGGGGAUUGGACUAGAUGAUCUUUUGAGGUCCCUUCCAAUCCCAAACAUACUGUGAUACUGUGUUUGGAAUGCCUAAAAAUAGCGCUGCAUCAUACUAAAUGUCCAUCUAGCCUAAUACCUUCAACAGUUGUCAAACAGGAAUGCUUAAGCAUAGGCAUAGAGGAAGCACACAGUGCUUCCAAUUUCCAGCUUGUUUAGCUUCCCGUUUUAGAGCUCAGGGACAUCUUGUGAUAUUGUGGGUUAUUGUAUUUAAUAAUCCUUAAUGGAUUUAUUUUCUGCAGAUUUGUCUGCUCUUAAAUCCACGUGAACUUGUGAAAUCUGUAUUCCCUUAAGGUGUAGAAGUCCUUCCUGUGUAUUAAACUUUUAUGAAAAACAA